GCCAGUCAGAGAGGAGCGGAGCGAUGGCUGCGUAGAGCGGUGACACCGGAGCGACGUUUACAGUUUAUUUUCGUUUUUAUUGUGUGAUUUUUUUCAUCUAUCUUGUCAACGAGUCGCAAGGAACGGAUCGCGUCUGAAAAGGGCAGAUUGGAGUGAGCUCCAGCAGAGAGGCCUGCUGCUCUCUGGGCCGAGACCCUGCUCCCAGGGGCCAUGGGUGAAGAGGAGCAGCCCACUCUGGAGGCCGGUAGUCCGGUUGUGGAAGAAGAACAUGUGCAGGUGCCAUUCCCGGUGUUGCAUGGUGAGAGUGUGGAGUAUGUGGGCAGGGCAGAGGGGGCCGUCAUCGCCUUGUCCAGCUACCGCCUUCACAUCAAGUUCAAAGACAGUGUCAUAAAUGUUCCACUGCAGCUGGUAGAGAGUGUGGAGUGUCGGGACAUGGUCCAGCUGCACCUCACCUGUAAAGACUGCAAGGUCAUCAGGUGUCACUUCAGGUCAUCAGAGCAGGCCCAGGAUUGGCUGAGGCGGCUGAAUGCAGCCGUGCGCCCCCCGGCGCGACUGGAUGAGCUUUUCGCCUUCGCCUUCCAUUCUUGCAGUGCCACCCAGCCAGCUGAGAGAGACCUGCAUGAGGAAAUCUGCCACUCUGGUGAGCAUGUGAGGGACCGGUUUAAGCACGAAGUGCAAAGGAUGGGGUUCAGCAACCACAGUGCCUGGAGAAUCUCUGACAUCAACAACAACUUCAGACUGUGUGCCACUUAUCCUGAGAAGCUUUUGGUGCCUACUUGGAUCACGGACUUAGAGCUAGAGAAUGUGGCUUCGUUCCGAUCCUGGAAGAGGAUUCCAGCUGUUGUUUACAGACAUCUGAGUACAGGUGCUGUGAUUGGUCGGUGUGGGCAGCCCGAGGUGAGCUGGUGGGGGUGGCGCAAUGCGGAUGACGAGCACUUGGUACAGUCCAUCGCUAAGGCCUGUGCCAUGGACCCUGCAGCCAUUAAGCCUCUGCGCAACGGCCACCACCAUACUAAUGGUACUCACAACAGCUCAGAUCCUGUCAUAACCAAUGGCAACGAGGAGGUGGACCCACUAGCCACGCCUCCUCAGAAACUGCUGAUAUUGGAUGCCAGGUCAUAUGCUGCCGCGGUUGCCAAUCGGGCCAAAGGAGGCGGCUGUGAAUGCCCAGAGUACUACCCAAACUGUGAGGUGAUGUUCAUGGGUAUGGCCAACAUUCACUCCAUCAGGAGGAGCUUUCAGUGCCUAAGGGCGCUUUGUGCCCAAGUGCCUGACCCUGCAAAUUGGCUGUCCGCUUUAGAGGGCACUAAAUGGCUGCAGCAUCUGUCUCUGCUGCUGAAGGCGUCUCUGUUGGUGGUGAACGCUGUGGAUAGGGACAGGAGGCCUGUGCUGGUGCACUGUUCUGACGGCUGGGACCGCACGCCGCAGAUAGUGGCUCUGUCCAAGCUGCUGUUGGACCCCUACUACAGAACCAUAGAGGGUUUCCAGCUGCUGGUGGAGACAGAGUGGCUGGAUUUCGGGCAUAAGUUUGCAGACCGCUGUGGACACGGGGAGAACGCGGACGACGUGAACGAGCGCUGUCCUGUUUUCCUGCAGUGGCUGGACUGUGUCCAUCAGCUGCAGAGGCAGUUUCCCUGCUCAUUUCAGUUCAACGAGGCCUUUCUGGUGAAGCUGGUGCAGCAUACCUAUUCCUGUCUAUUUGGGACGUUCUUGUGUAACAGUAGAAAGGAGCGAGAGGAGUCGGGUGUGCUGGAAAACACCUGCUCUGUCUGGUCCCUUCUGCAGCCAGCGAACAGAGCCUUCCACAACAUCCUCUACUCACCACACUCCGAGAUGGUGCUUCAUCCGGUGUGCCAUGUGCGGAACCUGAUGCUGUGGAGUGCCGUCUACCUGCCUAACUCCGCCCCCUCUCUGCCUUGUGAGGAGUCUUCUUACACUUCUCCUUCAGUCUCACCUGAGGGCACACCUCCGGGCAGAUUGCCAAAGACGCGUUCCUAUGACAACUUGCUAACAACCUGCGAGGAAACGAAUCCUGCAGCGUCGAACCGCCGCUGCAGUGACCCCAACCUCAACGAGAAGUGGCAGGAACACCUUCGCUCAGUGGAGAUCACCAUAGCAACGGUAGCCGAGGACAACCCUCAGCAACCAGAAAGCCCGGCCAAUCUAAACACCGAUCGUAGUCAGAUGGUGAACGGAUUGGACGAGAGGCUACGGGAGGAGGGGUUACUCAAUGGGGUGGAACGUAGUGACUCAAAAAUAUUAAAUGGGACUAUUUUAGCAAAUGGGGGUGGGGCUGAGGAAGAGAGGGGUAGCGAAGUCACCCUUUCCAUUGUUGGCUCCGCCUUCCAGGUUGCCACGCCCCCACCCUCAGAACUGCUCAAGAAUGUGCCUGAACAGAACGGCAAAGACGCAGUGGACGCUUUUUGUGAAGAGCAAAUAGAGGAAGCGCUGGAACUUUCCACAGAGGAGUCCUUCACCCCUGUUGUUUCUCCACCUUCGCAGCUCAGCCACCUCACUAACGGCCACAUUAUUGUAAACGGAGUGGAUGAAGCAUCACCUACAAAGGAGCCUCUUAGUCCCAUUAAAAACCCCACCCUUCGCUCCCUCUCACAAAACGACUCUCCACUGGAGAGCUCCACAGAAACUUUAACCGAGGAGUGCCUACUCCCAACACACACACCACACAAAUCCCUCCGCUCGCCUUCCCAGUGUGCCUUGCAGCCUCUAUCCUUGUUGACCCAUCACGACAGCUCUGUGUGUAAUGGGGAAGCUCCUCGUGUCAACGGCUGCGGUUCACUUAGCCGCCAGACGUCAACGACGAGCAGCGGGUCGCUCACGUCCCCUCAGCAGCGAGGGCCAGUUGUCCCGGGACACCUGGACCAGGACGGGCUGAGCAUGCACAGCGAUGCUGUGCAAAUGCGCCUCAGACAGAUGGAGGCUGGCCACCAGCUGCAGGUGGAGACGCUGAAAAGACAGGUGCAGGAACUGUGGAGCCGGCUGCACGUUACUGGAGAGCUGACGGCUGUACCAGACCGGGAGAAUAAUGUGGAGGGUGUGUGUCUGUCUCACUGCAGCACUGAGCUCUUCUCCGAUAACAGCUGGGAACAGGAGGAACAGAAUGACAAACAGGUAUCACGGUGGUAUCCAGGUCACCUACCAACCCGCUGCUACGGGUGUGAGAGCAAGUUUUGGUUGGCUGCUAGAAAACAUCACUGCAGUGCCAGAGAACCUGUUGAGGAAGCCUGGAAUUGUGGGAAUGUGUUCUGUGCCAGCUGCUGUGACCAGAAGGUGGCGGUGGCGAGUCAGCAGCUGUAUGAGCCUAACCGCACGUGCCAGGCCUGUUACAGUCAUCUGCGGCCCUCUGCUGUGCCCCCUGCGCUGCCCCCUGCUGACAUGGAGCUGGAGAAACCCAUUACUGCCAGUUCCAACUGAACGCAGCCCUUUACAUGCUGAUCUAGGACCACACUGUCCUGUAGAAAUCUUCUCUGAAUCCGUUUAUAUGAGAAACAGGAUAAAGAUCUUAGAUUAGUGACUGUGUAACUUCCAAAACCAUUUGAACCUUUAACAUGUUCCUUAGCCAUAUGGAAUCAAUUUAGGUGAUGGAGGACUUGGUUAUGAAUGAUGUCAUGAGUUCAAAUCCUAUAACAAAGCAUCAAAUAAUUAGCGUAAUUUAUUAUUAUUAUUAUUAAUAAUAGAAGGAUCCCAUUUAGUGGUCUUGAACUCCUGACAAGUGGAUUCUGUUUUGGUUAAGCUGCAGGCAUUUAAAUAUGCACAGUGCUGCAUAUGGGACUGUACACAUUUGAACAGCUGUGCUCAUGUGAAUAGGAAAUGUCUGUAUAUAAUGCCAUGUGUACAGUCAAUGGAGAGAGCAAUGUAUAUUAUAAAGUCUUGAAUUUGAAUGAUGAUGGACUUGGGAUUUGGAAGCUUUUUCAGAGUUUCCAGGUUUUCUCAAGUGAUGAGCGCCUUCGCUGGAUUGCUGGAUGGACAGGAUGGACAGAGCAAGCCUGGCCACUUGGACUCACAGUGAGACAAACAGGAGCAGAUCCCGUGUAUGGCUCGCUAAUGUCUCAAAUGUGUUUCGCGUUGCUUCGCUGCCUGUAGGAUGCAAGCUGUGUACGUGCGUGUUUGUUGGUGAAGGCUCAUCACCCUCUUCCCUUUUUUUUCCCCUUCUGUGCUACUGCUGCUGCUUUGGAGUCUGUGGAGCUCAAACAUUUGAGUGAAUGAAAUAAAAAAAGCACAACACACUGCCAAGCCAAACCUCCGAGUAUGG